CCUCGAUAAGCUAUGUGUGGCUACAUUGUGUUGGGUCGCGGCGGCAGUUCACGGCCGAUGGUUUGGCGGCGCUGACUAUCACGACGUGAAGGUCAGCACCUCCAACUCAUCAGCCAUGAAUUUCACACUACCACCCAGCCUGACAUCCUGGAUGAGCCCGCGAAACCCAGCUUCAUUGUCAGACAGAUAAUCGAAACCCAGCUGACGUCUCCACAUUGGCUGACGGCAGCUACGCAUAUCAUCUAUAGGGCCGCUGUCCCGGCCGCCAUAGCCGAGACACAGACCCUCACGCCGAUACUCACGCAUAAAAUCACCGGCACCGACACCGAUCCACAACUUUGCCAUCCCAUCCACUGCCGUCUCCCGACCAGCCAAAACUACAUGCUGCCCGUCUUGCUUUAUGGCGAUCUUGGUCGGUCCGUCGAAGUUGCCGGCUAGGGAAAACGGCACCACGUGGCAUUCAUAUCGACUGACAACGUCCGGGUAGUUGGGCUCGCGUAGUCCGGCAGGGAUGAAGCAGCCGAACACAUAUGUGUCUUUGCGGAUGACCAGCACAAUCGGCCGGACGCCCCCCACUCGGUCCAGCAUGUCACCAUACUGACAGCCAUCGCGUGAUGCCCUACAACAAACACUCACACAGACAUAUGCAGACACACACAAACACACGCAGAUGUAGACACAUCAUACAUGAUGACUCACGCAGAUGUCUGUCUCUCUGUGUACCUGUAUAUGAGUGAGAACUGUCUCCCUUGAGCGAACCACUCAAUCAGCUGAUCGACGUCAGCAUGACUGAGAGACGAACACUCAUCGGGGGCCGCAGCAACCGGGUGCGCGCUCGUGAGCUGCGGGACGGCAGCCGUGUCGACCCUCUGAGCGCAAACAGACACACAAACAGAUACUGCACAAUGAGAUUCCAUGUGAUCAGCUCUUCUUCUACUGUCUGACCUGUGACGAGAUGGUUGACACUCCACCAACAUGAAUGACCUCCAGCUCAUCCGCCAUGAACUCCAUACUACCUCCGAGGAUAGCAUAGCCAUACGUCUUGUCCCUCACAUCCAGGUAGCCGUCAGGUACAUCAUUACUGCGGAAGUGACGGCAGCUGCGCAUAUCAUCAAUAGGGCCACUGUCUUCAUCGCGAUAGCCCAACCACAGACGCCCAUCGAUCGUCAGCUUCGCCUGGGGACGGGGACGCCCAUACCUCAGGCGACUCGGGAGGAAGCUGUCACAGUACAGUGCCCCCUCUCCCCCAGCUACUUCCACACGGUGACCGUCGUCUCGUGGGGUAUCCAUCUUGGUCGGUAUAUGGAAGUGGCCGGCGAGGGAGAAUUGCCACACAUCACACUGGUACUCGUUGACAGCGGUGGGGUCGUCGGGAGCCUUGAUGCUGCCAUCCAUGCAGGCGCCGAAGAUGUAUUGGCUCUUCCGGAUGACGAACACCAAGCCCCUCGCAUCGCCCACACAUCGAAGGAGAUCGCCAAAGCAGCGACCGUCACGCGAGGCCCUGCAAAGGAACGAAAUGCGGGCAAUGAUGCACGCAUGCCGCGUACUUGUAGAGCAGUUCCGGUCCGUAUGGUCUGGUCGGUCCAAGAAAUCGACGGAUCGCCGCACAUUGGAAGGGGUUCAAACUGCUGCCCUCAAUCACCUGCAGACAAACAGCACACGACGGACAAGGAAUAACACAGGCGUAUUGACGUGUCGUAUCUGACCUCUGGCCUCAGUAGUGACAGUCCGUCGACACGAAUGACCUCCAAAUCAUCAGCCACGAAUGUCUUACUCCCCCCGACACACAGAGCACACACUGAACCUCAGUUACCCCCCGGUCGUGUAUGUGUGUGCGUGUGUCCGUACUUGUCGAACGGCCUUCCUCCUGGUGUAGCAUUUGUCACACAGGUCGAAGUCACAUCUACGGCAACGGUACCUAUCAUACACGCACGUACAGGAAGACGGCCAGCUGGUAUUUGUAUUCCGCCAGUCAUCCCGGCUGCACUCCUCCUUUCCUCACCUGCCAACGUUGCUGUCGCUGCCGAAGAUGCCCGCACUCAGACAGCUCCCGCCAACUGCACACACCACACACACCGCACCGCACAAUGGUUGGCUGCUGGCCGUCUUCCCGUCAGUGUGUGUUGUGGCCGGUCAGCUCACAUACAUUGUGGCGCGUUGCAUCUCCAUCCGCAUCUCCAUCUGCCCCUUCUGUGUGAGCGCUGCAGUAUGUGCCCAAGCAGACAUGUCGGCUUGAAACUCUGUGUCGGGAUCGGCAGCCGGCUAUUGCCCGCCUCCUGGGGACUCCCAUUGCCAGCCUCAUCUCGCACCCCCGAAAAACCGUCUGGCACAUAAUCACUGAGGAUGCAUGUGCGUACAUCAUCUGCAGGGCCAACGUCUUGAUCGCCAUGGCCCAACCACAGACCCCCACCGAUCCCCAUCCUCGCUCCCCCAUGCACUGCGCCCUCCCGCCCAGCCACAUACACACGCUGGCAGUCCCGAGGGAUGUCGAUCUUGAUGGGCGUGCCGGAGUCGCCGGCAAGGGAGUAAUGCCACACAUCACACUUGUACUCCUUGCGGGAAUUUGAGAUGUCGGGCAGCUUCAGCCUUGCUCCCAUGUAGGCGCCGAACAGACACUCGUCUUUCCGAAUGACCAACACGAGAGAGCUCGCGUCGCCCACACAGCGCACCAAAUCAUCAUAGCUGCCGCCAUCGCAACAUGCCCUGACGUAUAAAACACACGAGAGCGACCGGUUGAUGACUCCUCGCGUGCCCUCUGUGCUGUGUGUUGCAUGUGUGCGUGUGCACCUGUACAGCAGUGUGAAUGUGCAAUCGUCGAACACGGAUGGCACGAACAGCGAGUGGAGGGCCGCACACUCUGACGCAUUCAGACUGCUGCCAACAAGUAGCUGAAAAGGACACAUGAUACCAAUAGACGCCCAUCACUGUGUGCUGGUGGGCAUCACGUACAUGUGCUGGCUUCUGGACGCCUGUCAUGCUGCUAUCGUCGUUCUACAAAGACAAGAAACGACAGCAGAGCAUUGCUCUGCCACUACAAGAACCAGAUGGUAUUUCUGCUUACGAGAAGAAAAGGAAGCAACAGAAUCAGGCCGGGAAGACCAGCACCCAUGCUUAUCAGCAACACGCAGGCGAUCCCGAGAAUCAGGCCUGCUAUAUGAGACCCUUCAGGACUCUUCAGUGAACGCGUGUCGAUUCGAACACAGCCGAACACCAUCACAAGGAACGAAAACACAAGAAGAUGUGCUGACGAUGUCUUCAUCAUGACCGCUUCUUCUGGAUUCUUUUCGUCCUGACCUGCAUUUUUGGGCUUCUCUCGUCUUCAGUUCUCAGGACAGAAAACGUGUCGCCAUCCUGAUGACGCACGAGACAGAAGGGGCGUCUUGCGAAAAUUGGCAGCGAGCUGUUAAGUCUUUAUCGCACCUCUUGUAUGUCACUCAGGCGGUCAUCGACAGUGACGCCGAUCGCCGACUUGACCGACAAACGAGACCCAGGAGUGUAACGAGACAACACCUACACAAAGACACCAUCGAUACAAUCAAGACAGAAAGGCUGCAAUGCAAUCUAGUGUUCCCCAUAGACUGCUCACCACAGAUGGCGGCGCUUCCUUGAACUCGGGGGAUUUGUCUCUCUUUCGGAUCUUAGGUUGUCUGUCGCCGCGUGCCGUCCUCCUGUCAUCUGAAUGGACCACCUGAGAGAACACAGAAUGCACGUGUGAUGCUGAUCUUUGCUAGGCUUGGUUGCACUCAUGAUGUCUUCCCUUACGCUCAUGGUGUUACGGCCAGGCGACUGUUCUGACCCCCUGCCCACACCAGCGCGUAUAUCGUCGUCUGCGGCACUAGGAGUGGCCUGCAGCCGAUGGUCAAUAUACACACGCGUGUCUUGUUUACUGUCAUGUUGUCAUCUUGUCCGAUCCGUGUACCUGUCCGCUCAGGUUAUCAACCAGCAUAGGCCGUUUUCUUUCUGCCGGCCCUUCUGAUUCGCUGCGGUCCUGGCCGAUGAAUUCAUAUGCGGCAAGUGCAGCUUCAUCGUCGGUCGGCUGCUGUGCGGCGGAGGAAGAUGCGUUGGGCUGUAUGGCCGGCUGCAAGGUAAGGGCCAUCGGUUGGAGUUGGGGGUGGGGCGGAUGCAUCGGCCUGGGCGGCGCCGCUGAGCCAGCCAUAAAUGAUGAGGAGCCGUCCAUUGGGAAGGGCAUUGGCGGCGAAGGGUAAGAAACAGCCAUCAAUGGCUGCCAAUUGGACACAUACGCAAGCCGUAUGCGUGAGGGAAUGUGAGGCCAUCUGACUACUACAAUGUACCUCGCCUGUGAAUUCAGGCGUGUUGCGGCCCCAAUGC